CCUCCUGGCCCGCUGCCCGCCCGCCAUGGAGCGCUUCGUGCGGAGCCGCCGGGCCGCCCUGCAGGAACAUGUCCAGCACAGGCAGGAAGUCCACGUGGUGCUGGGGAAUGAAGCCUGCGAUCUGGACUCCAUGGUGUCGGCGCUUGCUCUGGCUUAUUACUUGGCAAAGACCUCUCUGGAGUCCAAGGCGGUAUUUGUCCCUGUGCUGAACAUUCCCCGCUCAGAGUUCCCCCUGCGCACAGAGAGCGCCUUCCUCCUGCAGGAGCAGCAGAUCCCUGACACCUGCCUGAUCUUCCGGGAUGAGAUCGACCUGCAUGCGCUGCACCGGGCUGGCUCCCUCUCCUUGACGCUGGUCGACCACCACAUCCUGCCGAGUGGAGAUGCAGCCCUGGAGGAGGCCGUGAUUGAGGUGAUCGACCAUCGGCCCCUGGAGAGGGAACCUCGGUGCAGAGUCACCGCGGAGCUGGUGGGCUCCUGCGCCACACUGGUGGCGGAGAGGAUCGUGCAGGGCCCAGCGGAGCUGUUGGACAGACAGACGGCCGCCCUGCUGCAUGGUACAAUAAUUCUGGAUUGUGUCAAUAUGACUCCAGAAGCUGGGAAAGUGACUCCCAAAGACACUCAGUACGUGGCCCUGUUGGAAUCCAAGUUCCCAGACCUCCCAGAAAGGAGCGUCCUGUUUGAGGCUCUGCAGACAGCCAAGUUCGAUGUGUCAGGGCUCACUACAGACCAGAUGCUGCGAAAGGACCUUAAGGUGCUGUCGAGCGACGGGCUCGUUCUUGCCAUCAGUGCUGUGUACGUGACGCUGGAGGCCUUCCUGCAGCGGCCUGGCUUGCAGCAGGACCUGUGUGCCUUCUGCCAGCAGCACGGCUACGGCGGGUUGGUAGCCAUGACGAUAUCCUUCAACGAGCGGAACGAGCCAUUCCGGCAGCUCGCGGUGUACAGCCAGCACCCGGCAGUGCGGACAGCGGUGUGUGGCGUUCUGGAGCACGCUAACAACCCGCCCCUGGACCUGUCCCCUCUGGGGAGCCUCUACACCAACAUCUGUGCCUACCACCAAGGCAACACAGUCGCAUCGCGUAAGAAAGUCCUCCCGAUCCUUAAAGACUUCCUGAGGGAGUGGGGCAUAACGGCUGGCCCCGUGCAUCCUGCGGACACGGAUUCCUGUGGCACGACGAGACCGGAGCCGAAAGACUCUUCUGCCGGUUGUGGCGAAAGAGACGAGAACCCGGAGGACUCGGAUGUGGCUGGCGAAGCGGGUGCCCCGGAGUACGAGCCAAGGGGCAGGAGAGAUCCUGCCAGGUGCCCGAGGCAUGGGGAUGCCCUGCUGGAGGACGAUGCCCCAUUGCCUCCCACUCCCAUGAACAGCCUGGUUGAUGAGUGCCCUCUGGACAGGGGGCUGCCCAAGCUGUCGGUGGAGGCGAUCUUCGAGAAGUUCAGCCACAUCACGGUGGUGCGCCCCUCCGCCAGCAGCAGCCCUGAGAAGAAAUGACACUGGAGCUGGUGCCCGCUCGGGUUUCAGGGACGCGAUUGCAAUCCUGGUGCUCUGGGAUUAGGUGCGCAGCCUCUUUCUGUGUGUGGACGAAACACGUCCAGCUGUCUGACAUGGACCCCAGCCUUGGCAAUAAAAGCCAGAUGCAGGUGCUUUUGUCAGCAAUGCGCUGGAGCCGACCUCCUUGGAGCAACUUCUCCAGAGGGGGAUUUCAUAGGAAAGCUAAACAAAAUGCAAGCAGAGUGGCACCCCCCAGUGCAAAGUGCCGCUGCACUUUAAAGGCACCCGGGGGUUUGAUCCUGACCGGACUGUGCCCACAAGGAUCACCUCCUUCUCUGUUACAAUGAUUUCUUUAAACUCUGCCCUGGUGCAGCCGCCUCUUGCGUCGCCGUGCCCUAGGUCAUGAGCAGUUGUGCCGUCUUUUGUGGAAGAACGCCCAGGUCCAGCAGCCACUGAGUCCCAUUCCACGUUGUGUCCCAUUUCUGUGUGCACAGGCUUACCCUGUGCCUCCCUGUCGCUGGACUGCCAUCGUGGGAGGGGAGAUCUCGGCCCCACUCUCCUUGAACCCUCUGGGGAUUUGGCAGCUUUGUUUCCAUCCAGAAUCCCUCUCGGGGAACAGCAAUAAAGGAGAGGAACUUCUCUCCCGUCUCCUCUUCCCCUGGCCCAUGUGACCCAGUCAGCUGUCUUCCCUCCUGUGAGCCAUUGGGUCUGUCAUGUACCUGCCUGACUGCAGCACUGUGUGUAAAGGAAAACUCUUCCUUCACAA